AUGGCUGCAGCACCUAUAACAUUACCUGGAACCGUACGAACUGCAACAGCCGUUACAACCUGGACUACAGCAUCAACGGGGGGAGCACCUGGUUACCGAUAGCCAACUAUUACAAUCCUGGUUCCCAACGGUAUCAACAGCAACCAGUGCCGCAUCCGGGUGAGCGAUUACUACGGGACCCUUUUGGGUGAUAUGAGCGAUGCGAACUUCACGAUCGCUCCGAGCAACGACAUUACCGUGACGUCUCCCAACGGAGGAGAGAGCAUGGUAGGUCUGUCGACGUAUACGAUCAGCUGGACGAACCUUCCGAGCGCGAGCGGCCAGUAUUACCUGCAAUACUCUGUAGACAACGGAUCGAGCUGGACGAACAUCACCAGCAACAUUACCGGCAAUGCCUAUGCGUGGUCUGUUCCGAACAUCCCGAGCAACCAAUGCCUGAUCAAAGUUCUGGACUAUAACAACACCUGUAAGUUCGAUGAGAGACGCUGCAGCAGAGCUGCACCUAUAACAUUACGUGGAACACGGCCACAUUCUUCUCGAACGUUCGUCUGGAAUACUCAUUGA